AUGGAAGCCGUAGCAAAGCCAAUACUAUAUAAAUAUCCAUGCUUGGAUUUCGCGGACGAUGACGAAUCGUGCCUGUUGCUGGUAGUUCCUGACGAGGUAGAUCGGGACGAUGACAGCUUUUGUCCUUUGCUUUUAGCCAGGGAGGAAACUAGACUAGAAGGCUGGAAGACUGGAAGGCUGGAAGGCUGGAAGACUGGAAGGCUGGAAGACUGGAAGGCUGGAAGACUGGAAGGCUGGAAGACUGGAAGGCUGGAAGACUGGAAGGCUGGAAGACUGGAAGGCUGGAAGACUGGAAGGCUGGAAGACUGGAAGGCUGGAAGACUGGAAGGCUGGAAGACUGGAAGGCUGGAAGACUGGAAGGCUGGAAGACUGGAAGGCUGGAAGACUGGAAGGCUGGAAGACUGGAAGGCUGGAAGACUGGAAGGCUGGAAGACUGGAAGGCUGGAAGACUGGAAGGCUGGAAGACUGGAAGGCUGGAAGACUGGAAGGCUGGAAGACUGGAAGGCUGGAAGACUGGAAGGCUGGAAGACUGGAAGGCUGGAAGACUGGAAGGCUGGAAGACUGGAAGGCUGGAAGACUGGAAGGCUGGAAGACUGGAAGGCUGGAAGACUGGAAGGCUGGAAGACUGGAAGGCUGGAAGACUGGAAGGCUGGAAGACUGGAAGGCUGGAAGACUGGAAGGCUGGAAGACUGGAAGGCUGGAAGACUGGAAGGCUGGAAGACUGGAAGGCUGGAAGACUGGAAGGCUGGAAGACUGGAAGGCUGGAAGGCUGGAAGACUGGAAGGCUGGAAGACUGGAAGGCUGGAAGACUGGAAGGCUGGAAGACUGGAAGGCUGGAAGACUGGAAGGCUGGAAGACUGGAAGGCUGGAAGACUGGAAGGCUGGAAGAUUGGAAGGCUGGAAGACUGGAAGGCUGGAAGACUGGAAGACUGGAAGACUGGAAGACUGGAAGACUAG